AUGACAGACCAAUUCAAGUCAGGCCACAGCAUCCCUGUGACCAAGCAGGAGUUUCCAGGAAAAGAGCAUGAUAUGCCAGACCCCGAUCCCAAGAGGACCUUCCUUCCCGGACCCAAGGAGGGGGAGCAGGUCCCCUACCUCGCAGCUGGUAAGCUCAAGGACAAGAAGGCCGUGAUCACGGGAGGCGACUCGGGCAUCGGGAGAGCUACCGCGAUCCUCUUUGCGGAGGAGGGGGCCGACUCCUUGAUUGCGUAUCUGCCCGACGAGGAGAAGGAUGCGCAGGAGACCAAGAAGCAGGUCGAGAACCGCGGCCGCAAGUGCCAUCUCUUCGCGGCAGAUCUUUCCAAACAAGAGAAUUGCAAAAAGCUGGCCGAGGAGGUCUCCAGCCUCUUUGAGGGCCACGUUGAUAUCCUGUUCAACAAUGCAGCUUACCAAAUGAUGGUGGAGGAUAUCAAGGACCUGCCCGAGGACCAAUGGGUGCAUACCUUCAACAUCAACAUCCACAGCUUCUUCUACCUGUCGAAAUACCUCCUCCCUCAAAUGUCCCGUGGCGCCUCGAUUAUCAACAACGCCUCAAUCAAUGCCUACAUUGGCCGACCAGACCUGUUGGACUAUACAUCUACCAAGGGCGCUAUCAUCUCGUUCACCCGAGGGCUGUCGAAUCAGUACAUUGGGCGGGGCAUCCGGGUCAACGCCAUUGCUCCUGGACCCGUCUGGACGCCGCUCAUCCCGGCGACCAUGAAUGACAAGGCGCAGAAGGAGUUUACGAGCCCUAUGGGAAGGCCAGCGCAGCCGAGUGAGAUUGCGACGUGUGUGGUGUUUUUGGCGAGUGCGGACAGCAGCUGCGUGAGUGGCCAGACUAUUCAUUGCAACGGCGGUACUAUUGUGAAUGGCUGA